AUGGGCUCCAAAUAUUUACUUUUCGCCCUUGUGGCUUUGGUGCUUACAUCUAGCAGCACCUUUGCAGCCGAUGCUGAUAAUGCUGAUAUGGAACAUCGUAUGGAGGAUUCGACUGAGUCGCCCGUUGCUGACUUAGCGGUUUUAGACUCCCAAAUGAAAACCUCAACUGAGCGGCCAACUACUGCAACUAUUAAAGCGCAAGCUGCGGCAGCUACGAAAAGUGAGCAGCCACAAAAUGCUCAGCCCCAUACAGUCGCCGACUUUAUCAUACACCCUCUGAUCGCUUUUAAACCGCGUUCUCCCGAAGAGGGUUUGGCUGGCAAACAAGCUGGCGAUUCGUCCACCACAACAACGCCUUCCCCCUGGACACUAUUCGGUUUUAAUGCCGGCCAGGGUUUGGGAUCAACCGUCUCAUCAUCGGUCUCAUCAUUGGCCGGCUCUGUCAGUGGCUGGUUGACCGAUCGUAUCCAAUUGCCUGGUUUGGUGGACUCGCCCAUACGUGAUUCAAGCACGACCAGCACGACCACUACAACAACAACAACACAACGUCCAGAUAUUGUUGUACGUGUGCAGCACAAGGGUUCAACACGUCGUCCACUCAUAUCGAUCACCAACGAAAAUCGUCCACAUCGCUUCUAUAGCAAUAAUAAUAAUAAUUUAAAUGUCCAAUACGAUGAUGAACUAGACGACGAUUUGGAUGACCCACUCGAAGAAGAGGAAGAGAUUAUUAAAAAUAAGAACAGGCGUAGAAAUAAUAAGAACAAUAAUAACAGACGCAGGCCAAACCGUGAAGAGGAAGAAAUUGACGAUGAUGAAGACGAAGAAGAAGAAGAUAUUCGCCCUGUACGGCGCCCACAACAGAAUCGACCACAACGUCGCCGUCGUCCCAUUGUCGAAGAUGACAUCUCCGAAGAAGAAGUAGAAGAUAACGAUGACGGUCCCCAGUCCGACGAAUUUGUUGAUGAUGAAGACGAAGAAGUUAUUGAAGAUGAUGAAGAAGAUGAAAAUGUGGAAAAUGAUGAAAACGACGAGGAAGAAGAACCUGUGCCUCAGAACGUGAAUACUCGCCGCCGUCCGGUACAGUACAAUGGUAACAACCGCCCGCGUCAGCAACCACAACGCCGUCGCCUUAUCGUAGGCAGUCAGCGCCAGCAACCCAGUAGCGUUAUUCGGCGUAUAACAAAACCCAUCGAAAGUGAAGACGACGAAGACGAUGGCGCCGAUGAGCACUUCUAUUACAGCAGCCGCCCCUCUACAAAACGCUCUCAGAAUGAUGCCACCCUUUUUCGGCGUGGACAGGACAACGUAAUUAAACAGAUACGUCAAUUAACGGGCGGCCAUACACCCGCUGAGAUUGGCGCACUAUUAAGCACAUCUCCGGCGCAGACGGGCAGUAAACAGAAUCGACGACGGACGACACUUUUUGUUAAUCGCAAUGGGCAAACCUACUACUUGGCGCCUGAACUUCUAAACAACGAACUUCCACAAGUGCAUCAACUCAAGGAAGGAGCCACAAAGUUUCCACAACCCCCCUUGACGGUGCCGCUCAAGCGCAAGAAUGCUCCUACCCAGUAUAUCACAAUUCCUUGGUCGCAAUUAGGUAUCACACAACCCAAUAACCUUCAUUCUGUUGUCGAAGGCGUGCAGAGUCAGCCACUCAUCUUGAAUAUUCCAGCCAGCGCCAUUCAAGCUAUGCAGAAUCAAAGCUCAAAACGUAAGAAGCAACCCGCCAUCACUUCUGAAGCUGUGCCGCUUUUGGCCGAGGCUUCGAUUAUGGACGUCUUUAAGCCACCGAAAAUUCCACACGAUCGCCAUUCCAUGGAUGCGUCAGUUCAAAAACCCGCCACCGGAGGCAUGCCUGUAAUUAUUGCAUCAAAGAAGAAGAAAAAUAAGCCAGCUAGCAGCAGCAAUGCAGCCACAACUGCUACGAACCUACCACAGCGCAUACGCCCAGGAACGGUUGUCGAAAAAUCGCCUGCCACCGCAGACGUGCAGCCGGAAGCUGCUGAAGAAAUGUCCGCCCAAGAAGCGGUACACAAUGGGGACAACGAAUACAUCCUUGUGGGUGAAGAUAAUGAGCCCAGUCUGACGCAGCAGGUGCAGCCCGUAUAUGGUGAGGCGCGUUAUGUCUACGGUGCUAAUGGCUCACCCUACUUUGAGGUGCUGAAAAAUGGGCGAGUUGCACAACUGCGUAGAAGCGGACGUGAGCUCGAGGUGCCAGCAGCUGGUGAGCCGAACUUAGACCAGUUGCAGCCGGUGAGUGGCGAACAAUUCAUACCUGUAAAAGUUAUCAGCGAGCCAGAAGAGUCGGCGCCUGCAAAGGACUUGCAGGUCGCAGUGGAAGCGCAACCACAAAAAAUUGAAACAAAAGUGGGACAGGCGGAAGCAGUGCAAACAGAAGUAGAACAGAAGGCGUUAGAAGGCGCUGAUGUGCCGGUAAAGGUGACGGUGGAGGAGAAUAAGACCGGCGAAGGGGCGGUGGCGACUGCGUAACGGGAUGGGCAGACGAAAGACUAAAUUAAGUGGGCAGUUUCUUAAUUUUAAG